AUGCAGCCACUAAAACGCUGCGGCAGCAGCUUACCAGAAACCAUAUUAGACUAUGAAGAUAUCCUUACGGAAAUCCUUGUGCGUGUGCCAGCUCGAACUCUGGUCCGCUUCAAAUGCGUCUCCAAGCAUUGGCUCUCUCUUAUCUCCAACCCCAAUUUCUGUCACCUCCACACCCUACGAAAUCCUCCACACUCCUCCAUCUCCGCCUUCUUUGCUAGAACAUCCAAUGAGUUUGGUCUAGUCCCUCUUGACCUUGAUCAUGGUCAGACUAGUAAUAGUAACUGUAAUCCUCUGAAUUUUGGUCACAACCUAUAUGCUAUUGAGAUUGUCCAGUCCUGCAAUGGCCUCUUCUUGUGCUGCCCCCUACCUGCAGAAGACUCUUCAUUCUCCGCCACUACAACUAGUAAACCUCUUUAUUAUGUUCUCAAUCCUACAACCAACCAGUUCUCCACACUUACUCCUCCAGCUGCUGCUGCUGCCACUACUGGUAAACCCCGAGUCUUCGGCUGUGCUUUGGCUUUUGACCCUUCCAAAUCACCUCAUUACAAAGUGGUCUUCAUUUGGUGCGUCAACGAACCAAUUCAUGCUGGCUGGUGCCCGUACCAUCACAUAGAGAUAUAUUCGUCUGAGACUCGAAGUUGGAGGCUUCUCGAUUCUUCUUUCGACACUCAACCUCAAGUCCGCUACGAAGAGGGGGUAUACUGCAAUGGCGCAGUUCAUUGGGUGGGCACUGAUUGUGAGAUGUCAUACUAUCACAUAGAUGAAGAGCGUGUUGGAUUGGUUGAUGGUUUCCCUAGGAGUCACGAGAAGAAUUUGUAUACGAGGCUGUCUAGAUAUUUUCGGGAGUCUCAUGGUGGCGGCCAUUUGCAUCUUAUUGAUAUUUAUGGAUAUUCUCUUACUAAAUUUGAAGUCAUGGAGAUGGGGAGAGACUACUCUGGCUGGUUUGUCAAGUACAAUGUUGAUCUUGAUCCCUUAUGCACCACUUCCCCGCAGAUCCUACGUGCUAUUUUUGUUCUUCUCACUCUUGCUCCGGAGGAAAAUGAAGAAGAUGAGGAAAGUUCAUCUCUGUUGCUGCAUACUCCUGGUAAAGUCAUCUCUUAUAAUCUGAGGAAUAAAACCUUCAAAUCUAUUGACUUAACUCCCAAGGCCGGUGUUGAUGAUUCUUUUUGCCGAAUUGAUUUGCAGAAUUAUCGAUAUGUUGAGAGUUUGGGUGUUGUGUAA